AUGGCUUCCUCGGCCCCAAGCCAAACGUCGGCGACAGCGUCAGCUUCAACCUCGAAACCCAAACCCUCACAACCCCCAGUCCCAAUUCUCUCCUCACAAUUCGCCCGCGUUUAUGCUGUCGCCCACCCAGCGCUCCUCCUCUCGCUUGUGACUUACCGAUUCAGCUCUGUCAUCGAUCAUCCCAUCAGCGAGCUCCUCAGCGACAUCCCGUACCUCGUGGCACUGCAGGUUGUCUUCGUCAUGGGCUGUCUCCCACCGGCCGGGAGCGAGAAAGAGAGCUCGAGCUCCGGAACAGAUGACACCAAGAAAAAGGUGCCCGGCAGCGCUCCUAGACGUCGAGGGAAGCCGUCCGGCGCUGGAUCGCCGUGGUCGGCUGGUCUGAUACAGGUUGUUUGGAAAUUAACGCCCGCCCUCCUCUCCCUAACUCUAACAACACUCCUCGCGACUCCUGUGCUCGCCUUUCUCCUCAUCCUCUUCGGCGCCCCGCUAACAACCCACCACGCCCUGACCUUCCUUUGCGCCGCCCACAUGGCGCUCCUCUCCUGCUUCCCGCUCAUCUACGCCCACGGUGUCGAUGGUUCCGUCUGGAGGGAGAUCUGGGGUGCUUAUAGACCAAUGGAUUCCGUUUGGGGCGGCGCCCUGGGAGCCUGCUUCGGGGCUUGGAUUGGGGCUGUGCCGAUUCCGUUGGAUUGGGACCGCCCGUGGCAGGCGUAUCCGAUCACAAUUCUUACAGGUGCUUAUAUCGGGUAUGCUCUUGGUGUGCUUUUGGGGAGAGUUCCGGGGGUGUUUGGGAAGAAGAUCGAGUUUGCGCCGGGGCCAGAAGAUGGUGAACAGGAGCGGGAUAUUAAAGUUGAUUAG